CUCGUGCCUAAAAGCAUCAUCAAGCGCAUCACGCAAAAUUAUAGAUGUAUUAUAGAAAGCACAUUAAAUUUAACCAAUGCACACGUGUUACAAUUGAAUAUGCCAGAUAGUUCUCCUCAUGUCAUAUAUAACAUCCUUUUGAACGUAUUAUACACAUAAAAUCUUUCUUUAUAUAUCUCAAAUCUCUUUUUAUUUUAUAAUAUAUAAAUAUAAAUAUUUUGUGAACAAAUAUAUUCCAAAUUUUAUUUCAAAUUUCCGAGACUUCUUAGAAAGAGAAUUUAUGCUGUACAUAGAUCUUUCUUUGAAAAAAGAGAGACUUUGAUACAUUUUAUUAAUUAUAAUUAUGCUGUAAUUUAAUUUAAUUAAUUAUGUGUAAUUUAAAAUCAAUAUUAAACUUUAUAUCGCACAUGAUGAAUGCAACCGAAACGAAGUUUAGAAAAUUACGACGGCAAAUCUUGAUACAAUCGAUAACAAUCGGUGGAAACUAAAUCACUUUUGUGCUUUCGACCACAUAUUAUACCCACAUAUUAUGCAAUCAAGAACUUGCACGUGUAUUAAUGCACUUCUACAAACCCGAUUAUUGGCCCUUCAAGCUUUGACCAGUUUGCUGUUCUUCGCAUAGACUUUCGAUCUCUCAUAUAGACUUUCGCCUUGAAAGUCACGUCAGGGUUGCGUCGGGUUUUAUCGACGUCACGCGGGUGAUACCGCGUGUAUCAAUGGCCACGAAUUGAAGGCGAAGUUCACGGUCUUAUCAACGUCACGCAUCACGCACGAAAAGCGACGGCAAGGGCGUUGGCGGGGGCGGCGGUUGAGCACAGUGACAGAGAAAGAAAUCGAGGCGAGAAAAGAUACGAUCGUGGUUGCAUGAUGUAUAAAGAAGCACCGGCAUCGACGAGACUACGACACUUUUUGAUUGCCCUCCGACAAAGGCGCAGCGGAUCUGAAACGAGAUGACUGGGCCAGCGCAUUCGGGAGUGUUGGCGCUCGCUCUACUCUUUGGGAUUUUCGCGCGGAUUCAAGCCGAAUAUAUUAAUCUGGCAGAUGUUCCAUGCGGUAUAAGCGGGAUACGAGAGGCCAGAAUUGUCGGAGGUCAAAAUGCAGCGCAAGGUGAAUUUCCUUGGCUCGUGAGCAUAACCAGAAAGGGUGGACAUUUUUGUGGGGGUGCCAUCCUGAAUUCCAGAUUUAUACUCAGUGCCGCGCAUUGUCUCUGUUCCGGCACGAACAAGAUUCCGGUGGGACAAUUGCGCGUCACGCUAGGUGAGCACAAUUUAAGGGCUCCAGAAAUUCCAGCCGCAAGACACGAGAGCGUCAUAAACGUGGUCUUGCACCCUAAUCACAGAUGCGGCAAGUAUGUAGACGAUAUUGCCCUGCUGGAACUUGCUAGACCGAUCAGCUGGUCGGAAAGCGUGAAACCCGCAUGUUUACCUGUGGCCACAGGAACACCAGGAUAUAGCACUUUCGGCGAUAUGAACGCAAUAGUAGCCGGAUGGGGCUGGCUCGGGGAAGAUAAAAGCAAAUACAAAAGAGCAGACGUGCUGCAGAAAGUACAGGUUCGCGUGGUAGCAAACACUGUGUGCAGCGAAUGGUAUGCGAGUCAGGGCAAGUCGAUCCGUGUGGAAUCAAAGCAGAUGUGUGCCGGUUGGGAGGAAGGCGGGAAAGAUUCUUGCUGGGCUGACAGCGGCGGGCCCUUGAUGGUCAGAAGUCGUCCUGCCGGACCGUUGAUGGUGAUCGGGGUGGUCUCGACCGGCAUAGGCUGCAGCAGACCACGACUUCCUGGCAUUUAUACGAGAGUUUCGGACUACGUUCCUUAUAUUACGCAAGUGAUACAAGCCGGCCGAUGAUGGAAGAAAGUACAAACACGAGCUUUUAUUUCGGUGUCUAAUUCCGUCUAACAAUAAGAACAAAAUUUUUCCUAAAAUUAAACUUGAAAUUUUUUUCCUAUUUCAGUACAACAUUAAUAUUUCUAAACUUAUGAUCUGAUAAUAUUAAGAUGUUUUGAAGAUGUUUAAAAGACAUAAGAAGUCUUUAAAACGUCUUCGAAACAUCUUUUAGAUAUGCAUCUACUUACAACUUUAAUAUAGAAAAAGCAAGUCGAUUAAGCACAUAAUUACAAUACUAAAUGAUUAUCUAUUUCAAAUAAAUGCUUGAGAGAGAAAUGUUAUAAACUCGGAAAAUCCAUUUACAGCCAGUAGAAUAUUGUAUUGAUGUACGUAGGAUUAAAAAAAAAAAAAGUGAGAAGUGAUUAUUUAU